ACACACAACUGCUCACAGGGCAAUGUCCUGGCAAACAACCUGCGCUGGAUGUUUCUGUAAGCCCAUUUUCAAUUAAACAUUCAAAAAUGGAGGGAACACUAAAUUCAGGUCGUCCUUAUAACAAACUGACCAGUCAGGAGGCCCUCGUUGAAGAAGAGCAUUAUCUUCCCUCAAAUCAGGAAAAUCAAGUGACUUUGUCGACAACGAGACCUGAAUCAAGCAUGAAUCUCUACAAUCUGCUCAAAGUGAGCCUGGCGGUGCUCGCGGUCAUCCUGCUAGUGGUCAACAUUGGCCUGGGAGUUUACUAUAACAAACUUACUGACAACAACAUAGUAAGAGACAUCAGCAGUGAGAUAACCAAACUUCAGGCUUCCUACGACGCCGCGGUUCGAAGCAGGGAUGAAGCCAAGAAACUGCUGGCGAUGGAGCUCAGCGAGCAGCAAGUCAUCAAGUGGGAGCUGGAACACCAGAGCCUUAGAGUCAAAGACUAUGAAAAGCAGGUUGAAAAGAUGCAGGUGGACAUUGCAACGUUGAAGUCCCACCUACCGAUGCUGAAGGAGGGCUGCCGACACUGUUUGCCUGGAUGGGCUUUCAUGAGCUCGACCUGCUAUUACUUCCCUCUUUCUGACACCGCUUACCGCAUAUCGUGGAACGAGGCCCGGCAGUCCUGCAGGAGACUAGGAGGUGACUUGGCAAUCAUAAACAGCAGAGAGAAGCAUCUUGGAGUAACUAGGUUGAUAAGCACUAAUCAAGACCCCUCGAGACCAAUGUCCCAGAAUGGUUUCUGGAUCGGACUGAGAGACGUGGAAGAGGAAGGAGUUUGGAAAUGGGUGGAUGGGACAAGACUGACUGAGGGGUUCUGGAACAUCGGAGAACCAAACAACCAGAACAAUGAGGACUGUGCAGCCGUAUAUCCCAAAAGCAACCCUUUCUUGUCUUGGAAUGAUGCGCCGUGUAGCUAUAACCUGAAGUGGGUUUGUGAAAUGGCACCAAGAUCUUUUAGAUAAUGAAAUACUUCUUUUGAAAGUCCUGGUUUUAUUU